CCCUGGGGACGAGGAUGGGUAAAAGGUAAAAUACUGAAAAAACAUGUUGAUUCACUUUUUUCUGCUUCUAGUGCGCAUGAUUUUUCGGCAUCUUUUUACAACCAAUCAAAACAAAGCCUAAUCAAAACAGAAACUAACGAGACAAAACAAACUUUCGUGUUCACCAAAGGAACAACAUAAUUAUAAUAGAACAAUGAACCGCUAACAAUGGAAAGCAAAAAGAAAGAUUUAUCACUUUUGCUCUUUUUGCACUAACUUCUGUAUUGUCUUAAUGAAAUUCGUAGUGUUUUUAUCGUAAGAUGUUAAUGAGUCUCGAGGGGUUUUCAAAAAUUUUGAACAGACAAAUGUGACGGCUGAUGUUAAAAAUACAUUCAUAAGAGCGAAUUUCAGUGAAUCGGAUAAAUAAAGGCUAUUAUACUCAAAUCUUUGAGCUAAUUUUAGGCAUAGAAAAAAAAUCCCCCCAGCAUAGACAUUGUUUUCGAUUUAUGUUAUAACCACAAGACCCAUCGGACAGACAUCAUUAACUUAAAGACGUGCAGGAAAAAGAUAUAUAAUUUUUUAACAAUAAUCUACAAAAAAUGGAUAAGGGCGAUCAUGCGUCAGUUAUCUAUGGAACACACUUCCCGAACAGACUAUUCGUCGGCUGUCUUCCGCCAAAGGCUACGGCAGAUCAUCUUGGAAAAUUUUUCAGAACAUUUGGAAACGUUAUGGAGGCAAAGGUUGUUUUGGACGAUCAAAGAAGAUCACGACGCUUCGGGUUUGUGUCAUUUUCAAAAGCUGAAGAAGCUGAAAGAGUUUUAAAACAAGGAUGUGUCUAUCUCAUGGGAAAGAAAAUUAAUGUCGGCCCAGCUGUAAAGAAAGAGUCAAAAGACAUGCCAUCAAAUAUUCCGGUUCGCAUUGUUGAAACGACUCCAGUGGUAGAAACAACGACGAAUCCGUCAAAACCGCACUAUACAUAUACCUUCCCGUCGCCAACCAGUAAUUGUCGGUCGUGUGAAACAUCACCCGUACCUUCACCAUCUAUGACGCCACCUAGAGCAUAUUCACCGAUGGCGUCACCUCCAGCAUACUCACCGAUGACGCCACCACGAACAUAUUCACCGAUGAGGUCACCUCGAACAUAUACAUCACCAGUCGCGCCGUCUUAUUUCUACCCGUCAAAUACGGUAAUUUAUCCUUCGUGUGAUUUUUAUACACGUCAAAACGAUAUAACGGCACAAAACGUUUUCUACAUGCCGUUAGAAACGACACUUUACAACCAACCGUCGUUUCUUCCACAGGCUCAACAACUUGUGUUUAUUCCGUCAUAUUGACGAUAAUAAAGUUGUAAUUUUUUGCCAAAUAUUUGACAGUUCCUGUAUAAUUUUUUUAUUAUUAUUAUUUUAAAAUUUUUAAAAUAUUUCAUUUUGUAAAUAAUUUGUAUUUAAAUAUACCUAUUAGAUAUCAUAGGCGUAAUUUUUCGUUAUCGUAUUAAUUUGUAUAUAAACGUUUAGCAGCUGCUUGCAUUCAAAGCUUCUUUUCAUAAAAAAAAAACAAAAAAGAUUUUCACAUUUUCCUGUGUUUUGGUUGUAAAUAUUUUUUAGUAAAAUAUUAUAUUUUUGAUUUUAUCUGUGUUACAUUUUUAUUGAUUUGACGUCAGAAAUUAAUAAGCUCUAGCUGUAAUAUACCGAAGUUUUUUCUGUUACCGUAUGGCACGCCGUUUGUAGCAAAAUUCAAUUUAAUGGGACAUUCAACAUUUAAUGAAAUUCAAACUAGUACGGUGACACACCAGCGCGACCGCCGGACAACUUUUUCUUUGUUCAAAAAUCAAUAGCAACCUACACGCGUGGGUAAACCUUGCCUUGCAAAAACAAUAGAUAAAAUGGCAGCUAAGCUGUGCACCAAAGUUCAAUUCCAUACAAAAAAACCCGAAAAAUGUCGGGAAAAAUAUCGCGUCAUAAGCGACUGAUGACAGCCUCCCUCAGGCAGUCGAUUAAGUAAUAUGUCAAUCAAUAGCAACCUACCUGCGUGGACCUGCCCCACGCGUUACUUUCGCCGAUACAGACUAUUCAUCGACGGGAGAACUCAUCGUUGCGUAGCGACUAAUGGAGAUAAUCAUUUUAAGUGUGUGAAAAUGAUCUCCCUAAUCCAAAAAGUAACGUUGUUUUGGCCUAGCGAAAACAAUAGAUAAAAUGGCACCGAAGCUGCGCACCAAAAUCCAACUCCAUACAAAAAAGGAAAUAAUAUGGGGAAA